GUUAAAAAUAAUGACAAUAAUAUACAAAUGACAUUGUUUGUUUUCUUCACACACUUAUUUAUUAUUAACAACACAAUAUAUUGUUGAUACCAUUAUUUGAAUAAAACGAAAAGGAGAAAAGCAGACAUCAAAAGUAGACAACAAACAUCGAGAAUAUUAUCCGAAAUAAGAUUAAAAAUGUUUGAAAAUUUCAAAAUAUGAUUGUUAUGUUUUUAUUCCCAAAAUAAGACUAAUUACUGUCAUGUUUUGGCAGUACCAGACUUCAAACAUUGCAGUAUUUUCUAAACUUGAUAAUAAUUACUCUUAUUUUGGGAAUAAAAAAUAUGACAGCCCUAUUUUAAAAUUUUCAUAUUUUAGUCCUAUUUUGGAACUCUUCCCAAAAGAUUACGAAGCCAACAAAAUAAAGAUGAAAACAAAUCUGCCAAACAAAAUCAAGAAGAAAGGGAUCUGCCAAACAAAAUCAAGUAGAAGACGGAGAAAGAGAAUUGCUACAGAAGAAAAGAAGAGGAGAUAAGAAAGAGAGGAGGAGAGGAGGAGAGGAGGAAAAGGAGCGGAUCUGCAAGAUCUUCUUCAGGGCCUCUCGGCGCACCGCCGCACCACCGGAACGCUGCAACGCCGCAUCUUCUCGAUCUGUCUUGCCACAUCUACAACGCCACUAUAGCUCAACUCCUCCAUUAAUUUGUACGUCGCUGGACCUUGAAGCUUGAAGCUGCCCUGCUUAGCUAUGGAUGAAGGAGAGAGAGGGUUUGGUGAGGUUAUUGGGGAGAAAUAAGGUUUGGCGUGAGUGGAAAACUUAAGCAUAGAAACCAAGGGCAAUUUUGGAAACACGGAGAAAAUUGAGUUAAAAAAGUCAAACUCUUAUUUAAUUACAUGUAAACUUAAAGAUCAUAUUUAGCACAUUUUCUCACUCAAGCUAUUUAAUUACACGUUAUUCCUAUUUUAUACGGAGUAUCAUGAUUUGUAGUUCAGUAGUUAGGGAUAAUUUCUUACUCAUGUAAUGACAUACAGGUUCUGGCUAAGAAGUAUGGAGCGGCUGUUGUUUCCCUUGAACAUCGGUAUUAUGGAAAGAGUUCACCAUUUAAAUCAUUGACGACAGAGAACCUAAAAUAUCUUUCAUCAAAGCAGGCACUUUUUGACCUUGCUGCUUUCCGUCAACAUUAUCAGGAAUCCUUAAAUGCAAAGCUUAAUAGACCUAAUGUUGAUAGUCCAUGGUUUGUGUUUGGCAUUUCAUAUGCUGGAGCCCUGAGUGCCUGGUUUCGGUUAAAGUUCCCUCAUCUUACUUGUGGAAGUAUUGCAAGUUCUGCAGUAGUGCAUGCUAUUUACAACUUCACAGAAUUUGAUAAUCAGGUUGGAGAAUCUGCAGGUCCUGAAUGUAAGAGUGUUUUGCAAGAAAUUACUCAGCUCGUGGACAAAAGUCUUGCAAUUAAUAAUGAAGAAACAAAAGCAUUAUUUGAUGCUACUGAGCUAAAAAUUGAUGGAGAUUUCCUUUACUUUCUGGCCGAUGCAGCAGCUACAGCAUUUCAGUAUGGAAAUCCAGAUAUGCUCUGUGAUUCUCUCAUUAAAGCAAAGAAGGGUGGAGAAGAUUUAGUGAAAACAUACGCCACAUACGUGAAGGAAAAUUAUGUUGAGGGUUUUGGUGUUAGUGUUGCAUCAUACAAUCAAGAACGUCUAAAGAACACUAGUAAUGCUGAUCGUAUGUGGUUGUUCCAAGUUUGUACAGAGGUUGCAUAUUUCCAGGUGGCCCCAGCAAAUGAUAGUGUUCGCUCUUCAGGGGUUAAUACAAGCUACCAUUUGAACCUCUGCAAGAAUGGCUUUGGGAAUGGUAUCUAUCCUGAUGUUGAUGGGACCAAUUUGUACUAUGGUGGCAAAAAAAUUGCUGGUUCAAAGAUAGUCUUCGCAAAUGGAUCACAAGAUCCAUGGCGACACGCAUCUAAACAGACUUCAUCUCCUGACAUGCCUUCUUACAUAAUCGCGUGUCAUAACUGUGGCCAUGGAACUGAUAUGCGCGGUUGCCCCCAGUCUCCUUUAGUCCCUGAAGGUGAUGCCAAGAAUUGCAGCUCUUAUGAUGAAGUGCUCAAAGUAAGAAACGAGAUGAUGAAGCACAUGGACCUUUGGUUGUCUCAAUGCUAAGUUCUUUCAAUAUAAUAAGUACGAUGUGUUUUAACUCUGAAGUGUUUGUUAUUCUGUCACUCUUCCAACGUCUAAGUUCGUUGUAACCUUUUGCAAACAGAUGUUUAAUUGAUCAUCCAUGUGGAAAGGGUGCAUCUAUAUGAUACCAAUAAUGUUUUACUUUUUCUUGUAAUGUUUCAGUGAAGACUCGUUUUGCUCUUAUUGGUCUUCUUGUUCUUGCUAUUGUUGUUAUUGUUGUUGUUUUUUACCCAG